CCUCACCUCUAUAAUCGCAAGGGAGAGCAGUCGCGCGAUGCCUGUAUUCACCAGCCAUAGACCAGUCAGGCGAUCGCUUAUUAUCGAGAGGUCAGCGCUUAUUCCAUUCAUCAGUCAUAGUAUGCUCGCACGCACUCACAUCACUCUCAGCUUGCUGCUUUGCAGCAGUCAUGCAUUUGCGCCGCCGACGCGAGCGGUUGUGACUGCACCACAGCACGGGCGACGACCGCUGACGCGCACUUAUGCGACGGAGUCCGACGAGGAGCUCGCGCUUUACGGUGCCGGGGGAGUGUUCGCGUCGGCGGUCGUGCUCUAUAGUGAAUUCACACUCAAAACGACGGGAUGCGGCUUGCCCGCGGGACCCUUCGGCGCCGUCGGCGCGAUCGAAGGCGUGUCUUAUCUCGCAGUGAUCGGCAUAGCAGGCGCGAGCCUCGCAACGAAGGUAAAAACGGGCUCGGGUCUGAAGGCGGGACCCGGAGGCCUCCUCGGCCUCGCCGAGGGACUCGCGUUCACAGCGAUCGUAGUCGGGUUGGUGGUCCUCGCCUUCCAGUUUGCAGAUUAUGGAUACCUGCCGAACGCGAUUCCGGUCGAAGGAGGCCGUUGUGAUUAAAACAAGUAUUAUUAA